AUGAUCGUGCAGGAAGGCGAGCAGCGGGCAGCCAAGGACAAGCAGGCGGAGGUGGAACAGCAGUUGGUGCGAGCGUACGUGGAAGGCAUAGACGAGACAGCAACGUGCAGGCGGGUGGUGUUAGACGGGUAUUUGGACAGGCAAGAGAAAGAGCGGGUAGUGUGCGAAGAGGGAGAGGAGAAGUGCGACGUGUGCAGAGGAGCAGACGGCGAGGAAGAAGACGCGGAAGAGAUGGUGGACGAAGAGAGCGAGGGGGACGAGGGAGGCAGCAGCAACGCAGAGGGUACGGACACGGUUGAGGCAGAGCGAGAGGAGGCACAGCGGUUGUUUAAGCAGCAGCAGCAAGCACAACGCGGCCCGCGACAGACGUUGAUACAGCAGCGGCAGCAAGAGUUUGCCGACGUGGAGUGGUUGCGCAGGCAGUUGGCGUGGUGGACGAAGCGGUGUGGCAUAUGCGAGGUAGCGGGCGAUGGACAGAGCAAGCACGACGUGCGGCGGUGUUAG